AUACGGUGCAGGUUUGCAUAUUGUGUAUUGAUAGGUAAAUACCUGACUAACUGUUGUGUUAAAAGUGAAUGUGUUUCGUUGUUGAGAUGCCUUUAACUGAAAUCGAGAUUGAAGGUGUCCAGGAAUCCUGGGAAAAGGUUUCUUCAGGUGGACCGAAAACAACUGGACUUAUCUUGAUGGAAAAGUUGUUCAACACAUAUCCAGCCAGCAUUGCGGUAUUCAGUCAUCUCGGCAUUCCUUCUAAACCGGAUGGCGCAAUAACUGUAUCUGACCUUGCCAGUAUAGGGGGCGUAUCUAACCAUGCUGUAAGUUUGGCGUCAAGAAUCGGUAAACUUGUGGGCCUCCUAAACAACGAGACUGAAUUAAAAGAAUCGUCGACAGAAGUUGGCAGAAUACACGUCAAGUAUGGGGUGACGUCAGAACAUGUUGACCUUUUGGGUUCCGUCCUUCUUUCCGUAAUUUCUGAAAACCAAGGGCUUUCAAAUACAUCUGAACUCAUAGGAUGGUGGUCAAAGACUUGGAACAUCAUUGGAAACUACGUAAAAACUGGACUAAAAGAAUAGAUCGCAAAAAUUAUUUGUUAUGUUUAGUUCACCGUUCUAUCACUUGGACGGAUAGCAUCUUACUCGAUCUCAGUGUUGCAUUUUUGCUAAAUAGUAAAGUGACCUAAUUCUACUUUUUAACUACGUUAGAACAAUAUUACUUUUAAAUGAUUCUUUUUAACAUUAUAGUAAUAUAUUUGUGAUAGUAAUCUUCUUUGUUUGUUUAAUUUGAACGAAAUCAUUUAUGUUGUAUUUUUUUAUUGCGAAACACUGCUUUAUGCGUGAACGUAACAAUUGAAUUAAAUCUGCUGAUUGUUCCAUGACGCGAAACAGAAGCAUUGCAUUUGUAUGUAUGCGUAGUGCGUACUAUGAUACAUGUACCAUCACACCAUGGUAGUUUAAAAGAAAAUAAAUGAAUUGGGUACAAAAAUAA